GCAAAUUUUCAAUUCGUCCUAAGUAACAAAAUAAACAAAAAUGAGGUUUUUGCGUAUUUCAAUACCUAAUACACUGCUUUAUGCUGUGUAGCCAAAUCACAAUUCAACAAUAGUUAAAAACUUUUGAAAUAGAAAAAAUCAAACUGACUUAAGUAACAUAGUGAGCACUUUUCAUAUGUGUCGCUUUGUCGGUACGAUGACUUAUGUAACGCACGUAACACACAACUGACGUAAGUGCGCUGUCAAAACGACCUAAGUAACAAAAUCAUGUAAACACAAUUCGAAAGUGUUUACGACGAAAGUAAAAUACUCAUAAUAAUUUAGAAUUAUUGAUCAAUUUUUGAUUAUUCUCUCUAAACUCUAAAUUCUAAUCAAACAGUUGGAAGCACCAGCGUUGUCGUCAAUGCCGGAACUGCCAAAAAUAGAUUCUACGUCCAACCGGUGAUGUGGGUCAAGGCUUUGGACAUGGUGCAAGAUCGGUUGGUGGUGCAGGGAGGUGACCUGAGCGGUGGUGACCGUCAGUGGACCGACACAGCAUUCCGUUUCCCUGUACUGGUCGCGGAAAGCAGUGCAAAGAGAUGGAGGAAGCAGACGGUAGCUGGGAGAAAACGGUACACAUUAUGGUGUGAAACGAUCCCUUCGGUGGAACAAGUUCUGCAAUCUGAACGAGACGGAGCUGGCCAAAUAAGUGCUAAAGUUCAGAUCUCCACAAGCGAUGAGAUUUGGGCGCUGGUCAAGAGCCAGAUGCUGACCCGAAAGGCAUUCGCCGCCGAAGUGGCUUUUAGCUUCAGUGAGAACACUCGUAUUAUGGCCAACGAUGGAGCAUCGGCCAACAAAUCUAUUCUGCGUAUCUGGCGUAUUCAACGCCCCGGUGUACACCUAGUAAACGACGGAAGCAGCCCUGGUAAGAGUUGCCUAUCGAGCCAAGCACGUGCUGGAGGUACACUGUGCCAAGGGAGGCGGCAAGGAGACACUUGAAUCGUACUUUGAGUACAUCCGGAGCACAGCGCUGCAAGAGUUUGCGAUCCGACGCAGGAGACUAGCGAAAUCUACGACCAAAAGCUGGAGCGGUACCAUCAGAUGCGAGAUCAGAUGGCACAUGUACAGUUCAUAAGGCUGCAUCAGGAAUAGGAUCAGAAUUAGGAAUGAAGUAAUUUUGACCAUUAUAUAAAUUAGGCUGAAGGAUAUUGUGACAUAUAUUAUAUAAACGAUAAGAGUGCUGAACAUGUACCCCGGUCAGAAUCACGGUAUUUGACGGCAAUAAAGAGCAAGUGUUUCAUUUUAA